GUAGGAUUGUUGAUUGUUGGUUUUUCGUUUCUCUUCGAUCGCUUCGGUUUGAGCGGCGUGCCGCGCAUCGUGCAUCGUGUACCAUCUUUUCGAGAUAUAUAUAUAUUUUGAUUCACGUUCAAACGAAACUGUCGCGUGUAACACGCGCACGCGCCCCUAUAUUUCGUUACAAUAGUAUUAGCUUGCUUAGGAAUGAAAUUGACACGCACGUUCUGCCUGAAAAUCGAAUAUACCUGAGUGAAUCUCUCGAUGAAAUUUAUCGAAGCUGGUUUCCUCGUUCGGGGAAUCGUCUCGAACGUUUGAAAAUAUUUGAAAUUGAAUUAAAGAACCGAGCUUUGGAGAAGAUUUCACGUUUUGUUUUCGCGAUAACUUUCUGGGUAUAAUGCAAAUAGAAAGAUCGAUCGAAGCAAGCGGCCUUGCGGUUGGCAUCGAUAUUUUGAAUGGUUAAUCGAUCGAUCACGAAAUGACGAACAGGCGAGAAGCGUAAGAUCGAAAGUUGGAAACUAACUAGAAGAUCAAAUAGGAUCGCAACCCUCGUCGUUCUUCCGUUAUCGGAGAAGAACAGAGCGAGGAAAUAAUCGUCGAACGAAACAAGGACGGUUUGUGCGUAGGUGACACAGUAAGGGGCUGUGGGAGAGGGCGAACGGGAAGGGACGAAGCGAGACAAAGUGAGAGAAAGAGGGAGAAAGACGGAAAAGAAAGAAAAGGAGGAAAAAAGGAAGGAAGAAAACAGAGAAAAUAAAAUCGGCUCGCGCGCGAAUAAUACUACCAUCAACAAUGAAGAGUGGAUCAACGGACGUGCGAUUGCUUGUCGGAAUCAUUUGCGGAGUGAUUCUAUUCGAUCAUGGGAAUGCACUGGCGGGCAGCGAGAUCUAUGCGAAAACGUUCCCCAGCCAACAACAUCCAUCAGAUCCGUGCUAUGACGAAGACAGGCCACGACGAUGUAUACCGAAUUUCGUGAAUGCGGCGUUCGGCGCGGCGAUCGAGGCCUCCUCAACCUGUGGAAGCGGCGGUCCUACAAGGUAUUGCGACGUGAUCGAGCAACCAGGAGGUAGCACGGGUAUAGGUCAGUGCCAUAUUUGCGACGAUAGUACGCCGCGGCGUCGAUUCCCCGCAAGUUACCUGACAGACGUGAGCAACCCCAACAACGUGACUUGUUGGCGGAGCGAGCCGCUCGUCACGUCGCAGAGUUUCUCCGCGCCGCCAGACAACGUGACCUUGACCCUCUCCCUAGGAAAAAAAUACGAGUUGACUUACGUUAGCCUGCAAUUCUGCCCGAAGGCAGCUAAGCCGGACUCGAUCGCAAUUUAUAAAUCGAUGGACUAUGGGAAGACUUGGCAACCUUUCCAAUUCUAUUCGUCCCAGUGCCGUCGUGUCUACGGGAGGCCGAAUCGGGCGACCAUCACCAAGGCGAACGAGCAAGAGGCGAGAUGCACCGACAGUCAUCGAUACACCGGUGGCAACGGGCUCGCGCCCGUCGGCAGAAUCGCGUUCAGCACUCUCGAGGGUCGGCCGUCGGCUUCCGAUUUCGAUAAUUCCCCGGUGCUCCAGGAUUGGGUUACCGCGACCGACGUCCGCGUCGUGUUCAAUAGGCUUCACAUGCCCCAACAACCGUCCCAAGAACAAGUGUUGCAGCUCGGUGGUGGAACCGGUGACGAUCACGGCCUCGGCCUUGAGGAGUUGGCGAAACGCGAGAGAGAACGGGAGGAGAGGUUGAAGAACCAGAAGAGCUUGAGUCGAGGCUCGCUGGACUCUCUGGCGACUGCUUUGCCCUCGGUGCACCAGGUAAUCGCUCCCCAAGAGAUGCAAUCGAAUGACGCGGUGGAGGAGGGUGAAGGCGGAGGAGGCGGUUUCGCGGCUGUCACCGUUUCGACCACGACGAGCAGUACCCUUGCCAGCAAUCUCGGGACGAGCACACUCGCCCAUCACUACGCCGUUUCCGACUUCGCCGUCGGCGGCAGGUGCAAGUGCAACGGCCACGCGGCGAGGUGUAUCCAAGGCAAGGACGGCGAGGUCGCCUGCGAGUGCAGGCAUAACACCGCCGGCAGAGACUGCGAGAGAUGUCGGCCAUUCCACUUCGAUCGACCCUGGGCACGAGCCACCGCCAGGGAUGCCAACGAAUGCAAAGAAUGUAACUGCAAUCUCCACGCAAGAAAGUGCAGAUUCAACAUGGAACUGUACAAGCUGUCGGGACGUGUCAGCGGAGGCGUUUGUCUGCAAUGCCGGCAUUUUACGGCAGGAAGACACUGUCACUAUUGUCGGGAAGGUUACUACAGGGAUCCGGCUAGACCGAUCCAACAUCGUAAGGCCUGCAAACCGUGUGACUGUCAUCCGAUCGGCGCUUCCGGAAAAACUUGUAACCAAAGUACCGGCCAAUGCCCGUGUAAAGACGGUGUAACUGGUACUACUUGUAAUAGAUGUGCUAGAGGUUACCAACAGAGUAGAUCGCAUAUUGCACCUUGUAUCAAAAUACCGAGGGUUGUGCAGACUCAAGGCACGGCCGGCGAGGAGAGUGGAGAGCACGAAGACGACGACGAUGAUCGCGGUUACGAUGGACGAACCGACCAAUGUGGAAAAUGUCGAGCCAGUACUAAAAGAUUAAACCUAAACAAGUAUUGCAAAAGAGAUUAUGCUAUUCUGGGCAGAAUAACAGACAGGCACAAAAAGAACGACGGCUCCUCAGCUGGAACAAGCGUUUCCGGUUCAGUUUGGAUACGUUUCACUUUGAAUGUUGAUUUCAUAUAUAAAAAAUCUCCAAAUUCGAGGAUUCGUCGUGGCGAUGUAUUCCUUUACGUACAUUCGGCUGAUUUAGCAUGUAGAUGCCCAAAAAUCAAGCCAAAUAGAUCGUACUUGAUUCUUGGCCAAGAGAGCGACGGUGGAGGUCAAGGUGGGCUGACAGUAACCCAAAGGUCGAUUGUGAUCGAGUGGCGCGACGAGUGGCAUCGUAGAAUGCGACGUUUCCAGCGGAGGGCGAAAUCGUGCCAUUGAACUAAUUCUCAUCGCACCAAGGAAAAUUAGACGAGGAGAAAGAGGGGAAGAUGAAGCAAGCAGCGAGAGAGAAAGAAAUGGAAGAGAGAAGAGCGACAAGCAAGAGAGAUAGAGAAAAAGAAAAAAACAAGAUAGAAGCUUAAAACUUUUGCUCGUAUAUGUAUUUAGAAAAGGGUGCACAUUCAUUUUCAAAAACUGCCAAUAGUUGUAACUAUCGCAUACCUAACUUCUCGCACGAAUAUAAAAAUACUCUCGACGACGUCCUAAGAUUAAUG